AUGAAUCGUCAUCAAGAAUUAAUAAUUGAAGCAUGGGAAAAACCAAGUUUCAAUACAUCAUUAGCUGAAAUAGCAUCAAUAUGUUUAAAUGAUUGAAUAUCGGUUGGUGCAUUAUCAAUGCUUGUACCUGUAUAUCAAUCAGAAAUAGCUACAAAAAAAAUUCGUGGACGUCUUGUAUCACUACAACAAUGGGCUAUAACAAUUGGUAUUGCAAGUACAAAUAUAUAUUUUUUAGGUAGUAGUGCUGCAUGGCGUAUACCAUUAGCAUUACAAAUAGUACCAGCAUUAAUUCUUGCUAUAGGUAUUUUAUUUUUUCCAUUUUCACCACGUUGGUUAAUGACUCAAAAUCAUGAUAAUGAAGCAUUAGCAACAAUAUCAGCUAUUUUAUUUAUUGAUAAAUUAGGUCGACGUUUUAUAUUAAUUAGUGGUGCAAUACUUAUGGCUUUAUCAAUGUUAAUUAUGGGCGGAACAAUGGGUAUAUAUGGUUACACAUAUUUUAAUGAAACAAUUGGUACUAUUGAAGUUAUUAUAUCAAAUCGACAAGCAUCAUAUAUUAUUAUAAGUUUUGUUUAUAUAUAUAUAUAUAUACAUAAUGAUCUUAUUCAAAUUUAUCGUUUUUAA